AUGACCUUGUAUUCCCCGUAUGGUGUGCCAUACUUCAUCAUCGGCGACGAUGCCUUUCCACUCCGCCCCUGGAUGAUGAAGUCCUUUUCCAUGCGUCAGAUGGACCCCGAUCAGCAGAUCUUCAACUGCAGACUGUCUCGGGCCAGACGAGUGGUGGAGAAUACCUUCGGGAUUCUGGCUAUGAGGUUCCAGAUCUUCCUCGGCUCCCUAAAUAGCACUGCAGACAGAGCUGAACAGAUAACCCAGGCCUGCGUCACUUUACACAACAUGCUGAGAACGAGGAACCGGAACAGUCAGAUGAACCUCAUAGACCAGGGGAAUGGGGACUGUUCACUCACCCCAGGCGAGUGGCGCUCCUGCACACAGCUGCUUGAUGGGGAUAACCGGGGUGCGAGGAACGUUACCCCACUAGAUGGCGCCAACCAAAGAAACUAUUUGAAGGACUAUUUCAUGGGCCCAGGAGCUGUUCAUUGGCAAGAGAAAAUGAUAUCCAAAUGACUUUAAAGUGUACUCUAUUAUUUA